UUCAUCCUUGAAAGCCAUCAUGAUGGGAACUGAAGGCAAAUCCGACAUGCCCCAAUUCGAGUACUGGACCAACCGUUGGAACAACGGGGACACGUCGUGGCAACUUGACGGAGUCAAUCCACUCCUAGAGAAGAACCAGGACGUCAUUUUGGCUGGAAAACAGGAUGCCCGGGUUUUUAUCCCGAUGUGUGGAAAGGCACACGAGUUGAAAUGGUUCUACAACAAAGGCCAUCGCGUCGUCGGUGUGGAGUUCAUUGAAACAGUUGCCAGGAGUUAUUUCCUCGACAACUGCCUCCCUCUGGACGAAGGAGAAUGUCCUAUACUCAAGUGCAAGAUCUUUCAGACUCCCGAUAAGAGGUUACGAAUAUUCGUCUGCAGCGUCUUUGACUUCGACAAGUCAUGCGCCGGAGCAAUGGACAUUGUGUGGGAUAGAGGAGGAUUGUGCUCAAUCGAUGUGGAACUCAGAGAUAGAUACAUCACCUUGAUGAUGUCAUUGCUGUCACCAAACUUCUCCUACGCCUUGUGGACCAUCGUCUAUGAUAAUAGUUACAAAGGAUUUCCCACAAGUAUGCCGGAGGCAGUUCUUCGGGAGCUAUUCGCAGGGAGAGGUAUAAAUCUACGUUUCAUCGAUUCGGAUUGUCCGAGUCCGCUUCCUUACGCUACAUCAGCCACUAUUCACCUCUGGCACUUGACUGAAUGAGGGUCAAGACCUGGAGUCGUCAGCAUCGGCAGUGACUACUUCCACCACAACCGAAUCGCCUCGCAUCGCAGCACAGUUGUCUCGCUCCAAGCCCCCGCUUUGCCAAUCCGAUACCACCCAGAAGACAAGGCUUGCGCCGUUCCUCCCCAAAUGUCAUUUCUGGUGGAUCCGCACAGUUCCGCCUGAACUAGGCGUCAUCAUCGCCGCCAGCCCUUCUUGGAGCAUGUAAAAACCGGCGCGACGACGGGACCAAAAAAAAUGACGCCAAGAACGCACCAUGAUAAUGUUCGUCGUGUUGCGUGCGUGUUCUUUCAUUACUGAAUCAAGUAUGCACAUGCAAUGCCCAGUAUCUUGAGUCUUUCAAGCUGUUUGAUUGGUCCCAUCAGCAUGUAGCAUCGGCUCU